UUCAGUUUGAAACAGGAAGUAGCACUUCUCGCCCUGUACUUUUUUUUUAUCAGACCUUGAGACCUGAGACUGGAAGCAAUUGCAAUGGGCACACACUGACACGCUGUUUAAGAAGGAGUCUCCAGUGUCAGCACUUUUGAACAGUCAGUAAGUUUUCCUCCACUGGAAAGUCUUGAGAGCAGAGGGCUUUGUGCUUUCUGGUUUCUUUGUAACAUGACAAGCUGUGGUUUUCUUGUCAAAUAACUUCGAGAGGGAAAAAAAGGCUGUUAUGAUUGAGGUCACAAGCCUGCAAGGUGCUGUCCUUGCCUUCCUGUCUGUCUCCACCGUGAGCUUCAUCUGUGCUCUCUGCAUACGCUGUAGGAAGAAAACUAUGAUUGUACAGGAGAGUAACCAACUCUAUGUUCCACAAAUAUUUCACCGAGGGGGGAGCAAAUUUGCUGUGACAAGGUCAAAAACAGUGACGAGAACUAACCAGAUGAGCACAAAUCCGUGUCAGAGUUCGGGGGAAAUAACUGUCGCACACACACCUAAGAGCCAGCUGGAGACAGCUGUCCAGGACCAGGGGGGCAGUUACGAGAACAUUAAACAAUCAAUUCAUGGCAGUAUGGAACCCACCUAUGUAGAUCCAAUAUCAACACCGCCACACAAUAACAAUGUUUUACAUGAUGAUGACAUCGGAGACUACGCAAAUAUUUUUCCAACGCAAGAUGUUCAACAUGACUCAGACAGUUACGAUUAUGAAAACACAGAAUUCCUGCAAAACAGCAAACCUGACGACGAUGAUGAGCCAGAUUACGUCAACGCAGACACGGCUAACAACUAACACAUAAAUAAAGUUUUACACUGUUAUCCAAGUUAGAUUAAAUAAGUAUUAGAAUAUAUUGGCAUAUUUAAUAGCACAGAAGCAAUGUAGUAUCAAUGAAUUGAAUGCUUCAUGGUUUGCAUGUUGGUCUUAUUUGAACUUUUAGUAUAACUUUUAGAUCCAUGUAAUAAAGGCACGUCAUUGUGUGUGAAGAGUAAGCAAAUUUCUUUUUAUGGAAUGAGAAACAGUAUAAUCGAUGUUUUAAGUGCCACUACAUUGAAAAUAAAAUCUUCCUGAUUUUGGUUUGAGUAGUAAUGACCAUUUCCUAAUAUUUCUCUUUAUAUUACUUUAUAAUAUUUAAUUAUAUGUAUAUUAUUUUAAUAUUCUAUUAUAUGAUGUGAUGCACUCAUGAUAUUUUGUGUUCAUUAUCAUAUCUGGAUAUCUGUAGUUUUCCUGCAAAUAAAAUUCCCCAAGUAUGGAACUUGA